AUGGCCGUCGGGAAUCUGGCGGCCGAUGUCGGCGCGCGACUGGCCAACUGCACGGCUGAUCAGACAAUCCUUGACGGCCGCUUCCACCUCGCGAUAUUCAAGAACGCCACCGGCAAUUACAACCUUCUCGUCGAGGCGCUCCUGGUGGACGCGGCGGGCGGUCCGCCCGACUCGCUCGCGAUCGUGAAGGGCGCCGUGUGCGACGCCGCCGCGACGGACGUCCUCGCGCUGCCGCUCGCCGCGGCGGACUGGCAGCAGCGCGCGGGGUGGUGGCUGCUGCACGCGGAGGCGCGCCUCGACGCGUUUCUCGAGAACGCGGACGCCGCCACCCUUGACGCGCUGCUCGUGGUGCUCCCCAACGCCUCGCUUCCGCGCAAGAGCGGCGGAGGCGCCGGCGGAGGCAGCGCCGGGGGCGCGCGGAGCAGGAAGGGUGGGAGGCGCAUGGGGCGGGAGCUGCUGAUGCGCGCAUUCGGCCUCGCUGCCAGGCAGGGCGGACAGAAGCAGGGGGGGCAGCAGCAGCAAGGAGGGCAGCAGCAGCAGGUGGGAGCGCAGCAGCCGCCUGCAGGUGGUUUUUCAGGUGGAUUUCCAGGUGGUGAUGGCGGAGUGAACAGCACAGUGAGCGGGUGUGCUGUGCGGGCGGGCAGCAGCGCAGCAGGUGUGACGUGGGGCGGACAGCUCAUGGGGGCCAAAAUUCCUGAUGCUGCUACUGCUGGUUCUGCUGGGGGUUCUUCUUGA